AUGGCGUCGGCGUCGGCGUCGGCCCCGGUGGCAGGGGCAGGGGCCGGGGGCGGGAAGGACGACGAGCUUGCCGAUCUGGUGCGGCGCCUCGUGGACGCCCUCGCGCGCUACACUGAUCGUCUGCCCUUCGACCUCGAUCGCCAGAAACUUCGUUCACUUACUACACUUGCUGCGAUCUCGAUCACACUUCUGUUUGCUUGGAAAAUGUUGAGAGCUCCUCAAGAGCAAGCUCGGAGGCCUCGUAGGAGGGCUGCCCCAUCAUCUAGCAGCACCAGCACUAGAUCGCGACCAGGCACUUUAACCACAACAGAUGCUUGUUCAUCAGCAGAUUCAAGAGCACACGAAGCAGUCAACCAGCUUUUCCAGCCAGUAAAUCUGACUCUUGAGCAGCUUGUCAGGCAUAAGCUAAGCGAAGGACGAAGGUUCACAUGCCGCUUGCUUGGUGUGAUUUUGGAAGAAACAUCUCCAGAGGAGCUUCAGAACCAUGUCACAGUGAAGCCUUCCGUGGUGGAGGUUCUCCUAGAAAUUGCAAAAUUCUGUGACGUGUAUUUGAUGGAGCGCGUUCUUGAUGAUGAAAGUGAGGGAAAGGUUUUAUCGGCCCUUAGUGAAGCUGGACUUUUUGUUGGUGGUGGCUUGAUAAAAGAUAAGGUUCUCUUCUGUAGUACAGAGAACGGUCGUACAUCUUUUGUUCGGCAACUCGAGCCUGAUUGGCAUAUCGACACAAGUCCUGAAAUUGUUCACCAAUUAGCUAGGUUUAUCAAAUAUCAACUGCACAUUUCGCCGCAGCGACCUGAAAGAAUAGCAACCAAUGUUUUCAGCGCUCCAAGCUUGGAACAAUAUUUUGGAGGCCUAGACCAGAGAUAA